AUGUCUCGCCAAGCAGCCUUGCUGCGUUUGCUCCCACCUUUCGUUGGGAGGAGGCAAAGCAUCGAGCGCAAGCAGAGUGUCGUGGUCUCUGGGACUUCGGAGGUUCAGGAGCUACACACGCCGGAGUGGAUCCCGGCCUGGUUUUUCAGCCAAGGGUGGUGUGUGCCAGAUGAGGUGAAAGAGAUGAUGCUGGAGAAGCAAAAAGAAGAACAGCUCGGCGGCAAACUCACUUUCUUCGACGUGGCUGGCCCCCCUGUCAGGUUCUUGUGGUGGGCCACGGUCCUCUACUGGUGUUACACGGUCCUGCUGCCCGGUUUGGCCUUCACCUUCACCGAGUGCUCAGGGAAUGGCCAGAUGAUGGCAACCUACGCGUCGUGGCUUUGGGCCAGCUGUGUACCAGUCUUCGCCGGCAUGUUCAUCAUUCAGUGGUGGUGUCUCAUGUAUACCAUUGUACCGAUGGUGCAAUGGCUGGAGUUCCUGCCCGUGGGCCCCAUCAAACAGCCUCCGUUUUGGCUCUGGCUGGGCUACAACAUGACGAUGAGCGCCAUCACCAUGACGGACGUCGUGACGCAGGGCUUCUUCUUAGCAUCGAGCCUCCGCAUGUUCACGUGCCAAGGUUGGCACCACCUCGAUGUUGCGUGGCAGGCGGUGUGGAGCCAGUCCAUUUUGCACUGGAUUCCACUCGGAACGAACCUGAGGCUGGUGCUUGUCCUGCCUUGGGUGGUGCUCCUGAUCCAGCUUCCCUUUUUUGUGUUCUCCGUGCUGCCGGUGCGGGUUUGCUCCGAGGGCAAUUGCGUGGCCUACGAAUGCCGUGCAGAGAAGAACGGCUACUACGCCGUCGGGAGCACGCAGAGAAUUUGGCACGCAGAUGCGCUGAAGCCGUUGGCCCGCCUGAAUCGGAUGGCGCUUCUGAACGACGGUCAGUUCCAGUGGAGCGUCGCGCGGGCUGCCUGGCAGACUCUGCACCCAGCCGCAGACAAGACGCCUCUGGAGGAGGUGGCCCGGCAGCUCCACAUCUUGAAGAUGGAGAUGCGGCAGCUCAUCCUGAGGGCGUCCCUGUUCAUCCUGUGCCAGAACUGCACCAGACUGGAGGUGCAGACGACAUUCUUUGCCCUGGCGCGCAUGGCGAGGUGGAAAGGCGACCUGUGGCAAGAUGGCCUCUCCCUGGCCCUGACGCACCUCGCCUCCCUCUACGAGCUCUUCAGCUUGGCCGGGAACGUCUGGAAGGUGCGGGACUUGAAGCUGGAAGCGCAGCUCUACGCCCAGCAGCAGGUGGAGGCCACCGACGAGGGCAGCGCCAAGGCCGAGGCUGAGAGGCAGCACGCGGCUGUGAAGGAGGAGGUCAGGGAGAUCUGGCACCGGGAGGUCUCCAUCCUGCUGGUCGUGUGCUUCGCCUUUAUCGUGCAGGUCCACGCCGGCGUCAAGCUGGUUGCGGCCCUCUUCUGGUGCCCCGAUGCGGUCUGGAACUUCCCGAACCGCUGUGUAGAUGUCCCGAACUUCUAG